AUCCAGAGAGAAUAAUAAUAUUAAUAAUGAAAAAAACAAACAAGCUGUUGCUUUGCUCCUUAUCAGUACGUCAUUCGUGAAUUGAAAGUAAUCCCCCCUCACCAUUCAGAAAAACAAUAACAAUACUAUCAGAGUUUUUUUUUCAAUACCUAUUUUCAAUUUGCUGAUGUCAGUGAUGUGGUUUUUAUUUUAUGACGUUUGAAUCGAAGUUGAGCUGAUUCAAGAACCGGAUAUGGCUGAAAAACCUUCCAAAGUGUAUGAUGGUAUGAAUCCGACUCCAGUUUCAUUGCAGCAACUAUCAGUGAUCGCUGUUGGCCUGCAACUGUGGCGUUCUGAAAUUAACGAGUAUCGCAAAAGACGAACAUCGGAGAGAUUUGGAUUUCGUGCUUCAGACAAUAUAGCCUCAUUAAGAGCUAAACUCCCCAAAUUACCAUCCGUGAUUUAUGAUGUGAUCGAUGAAAAUGUCACCCGACUUGGGAAUUCAAUAGCGGAUUGGCUUGAAGAGCAUUCGAGAACAGUGUGCCAUUUCGAAAGGUAUGUUCAAAGUUGUGUUUCGGAAGAUCAAGAAUACUUCGAUGAUUUCGUUGUCGAUUACAACGAAGCAACUAUCGAUUUUGUAAAGACAGCCGAACGUAUGAUGCAUUACGAUGAUUUCGACGACGUUUUAAAAUUCAUCGUAGCUUGUCGAUUUUUUUUGGAAGAUCACGUUAGACGUAUAUGGCCAUCAGUAUGGGGAAAGAUUCGCUUGAGUAGUGUUGUUUUCUGUACGAAUCCGCUGUUGUUCUACUGGAUUUGUCGUCUUAGCAAUCGGUUCGAUGAGAUACCAACUGGCAGGAAUUACUCGAUUGACGGAAAGAUGCUUAUAGAGUGUAUUCACAUGUCUGGUAACUCAUUGGCAAUUAAUUAUUUCUGGAGUCGUGUAUCAUACGAAAACCAAGUGCUAAUGGCUGUCGACCUUUUUCGACAGAAUAAAAAACGUUUCGUGAGCUGCAUCUUACCAAAACUGGACAAUCAACAACUGGAAGAAUUCGGCAAUUGGGAAGGUGGAAACUUGAUGCUAUUUCUGCCUCUUAAUGCAAUAAACUAUUUGUGGAAAUUUGUGCCAUUCGAAAUACAAAUGCAAAUUGCUGAGGACGUUUUUCUACAAAAUAGAGAGCGUUUCGCGAGUUGCAUCUUACCGAAGCUGAACGAUCGACAGCUAGAAAAAUUCGUCAACGAGAAGGGUAGCGAAUUUAUGGGAGAUCUGCUGUAUUCUCGUGAUGAAGAGUUUAUCUUUCAUCAUCUGCUGGAAGAUUAUUCUCGUGAUGAAGAGCUUAUCUUUCAUGCUUGGACGUGUAUAAUAAAAGCAAUGAAUGGUAGCACUUUCUUUAAUCUUGUUGUGAACAUGUUGAGAACUGAGGCUGGGUACUUUAUUUCGCUCCAGCGUCAUGUGAAACUCGAGAAGUGGUCCCAACGGUGUUGCGAAUUAUGGAACAGCGCGCCGCAUCAUUUAAAGAGAUUAGCGAUUAUAGAAAUUUCGUCCGAUUCGGAAUUUAUCAUAUGUCGAAAAGAUGAUAGGCUUCGUACGUGUGAUACCUCUUGCGAGUUUCUAGUGUCCAUUCUUUCAGAUUUUACUUUGGAAGAAAGACAGUCGUUUUGGCGAAACUGCUGGAAGAAUUUGAUGCUGCACAAAAAUGCGCGCGAUUUGCAACGAAUAAUGGAAGCAUGUUUCGAACACGAGAAUGACUGCAUGAUUAAGUUCAAGGAAAACGUUAUCGCUGAAAGUGAAAAUUUGCAGCUCCGUCGUAUCUCAUUAUUGUCUCGUGCACAUUUCGACGAAUGUGAUGCUUUGGUCAAUUUUGGUUGUCCUCGUAGUGCCGAAACUGCAAAACUUUUGAAACAGCGCUUAUUGCAGUCGAGUUUUAUUGGCGAGAGAUCUGCUUUUCGGUAUGAACAUGUUGUUCAUUACGAAGAAUUCGAUACGUUCAUAAAAAAAGCUUAUGGCAGCGUCGAUCUCGCGAACGAUUUCAAACAUCAACUGGUGUCAUCUUCUAAUAAUCUGGCAGAUAUGUUGUACUGUAUUCGAAGGCCAGAAUUUUCCUACGAAGCAUUGAGGAAAUUUAUCGAAACAUUCGUUUCAAACGAACAAAUUUUACAACUGGUGAAAUCCUCUAUUAUUGAUCAUUUCAAGGAGGGUGCUAUUCGUCGUAGCACUAUCAUUAAAGACGCUUAUUCUAAACCUUUCUUUGACCAGUUUUUGCUUUGGUGUCUUGGAAGUAACGAGCAACUUACGGAAUUCAAGCAAACUUAUAUUACACCUUGCCUCGAAGACGUUUAUGAACGUAAAUAAAAAAUAUGAACAGUUUUAGUUCUAUAUGCUUUAUUAAUUACAACUUUCUUUUUCAAUUAUUUAGUUUACUCGAUUUCUUUUUUCAUCAUUAUAAUUAUCAUUUAUUAUGUAAGUCGAAGUUUAUAAAAGUAUUUUGCGUACAAUAAAGUAUUGAAAAAAAAAAUGA